CUCCGCCAGCUCAUCCCCUCCCACUGCUCACUGUGUACACACACACACACACACACACACUCCGAGCACGGGAACCGAGAGGAUGGACGGACGGAGCGGCGCUGACCCAGGCGAGUCCGGCAGGUGAUCGGUUCGCGGUGAGCCGCCCAGAGAGCCUCAGCCAUGGGGUUCCUCCACCAGCUCCACCUCCUGCUGUGGAAGAACGUCUCUCUGAAGCGCAGGGGGCCGUGGGUGCUGGCAUUUGAAAUCUUCAUCCCCCUCGUCCUUUUCUUCAUCCUGCUGGGUCUGAGGCAGAAGAAGCCCGCCAUACCCGUGAAAGAAGCCUUCUACAGCGCUGCUCCCCUCACCUCAGCGGGCAUUAUUCCGGUUAUGCAGUCGCUGUGUCCGGAUGGCCAGCGGGACGAGUUUGGAUUUCUGCAGUACAAAAAUUCCACUGUAACUCAGCUGCUGGAGAGGAUCGGCGAGGUCGUGGAGCAGAAUCACUUGUUUAUGUCGGAUCGGCCGAGUCUGGGGGAGGAGCUGGAGUCCCUGCAGCAGCACCUGGAGAGCCUGAGUUCAGCACAGAGUCCAUUAGAGAACCGCUUCAACUCCAGCCACGGCUUCACCGUGGGCAGUGUCCUGAGGAACCAGUCCGUGUUCCAGCAGUUCCUGAUCAGAAACCUCUCUCUGGCGAACGACACGGCCAGCCUGCUGCUCUCCUCCCCCAUCAACCUGAAAGAGGUGUAUAACCUCAUCUUUGGCACUUAUCCUAAAGGAGGGAGCUGGGCAGAGGGUCAACAUGGCACUCACAGCCCUGGAGAGAAGGUUUUGCAGCUGGAGGAGCAGCUGCUGGGGGGCUGGCGCAGUCUGGAGGGUGGGCUGCUGCAGAAGGCCCUCAGAGACCCCUCUAAAGUGGCUGAUCGGCAGGCUCUGCUCCGGCUGCUCUCUCAGGCCAUGGGCCUCGCUGGAACCGGGGGGCCAUCUCCGAAAUUCGACCGUCAGAGUCUGAGAGAGAUGGAGGGAAUUCUGCUGACCGGUGCAGUCCUCGAGAUGCUGACCUGUGGAGAAGACGGGAACAGUGAGCUGAAUAAGAUCCUAUUGGUCCCCGAGAAGCAGCAGUCAUUAUUACAGGCCUAUCAGACGGCUAUGUGUGGAGGAGAGGCGGAGCAGAGGGCGGAGCAUUUCCGAGAGAUCAGUGAGGAGCUGAGGGACCAGAUCGACACCCAGAGGGUCAUCGAAAAGUUGCGUUUGGAGCAGGCGAAUGCGUCGGUUCUGCCGGUUCAGACUCACCUGGGCGCUCUGCUGAAGGACCUGGCUGAGGUAGAACGCUUGCUGAGGGACGUGGAUCUGCUUUCUGGAUUGGCCAAGCUGCUGCCUAAGGGGGCGUGUGCUGGCCACCAGGCUCCGCCCUCAGCCAGCAACGCUACCUGGAGCUCAAACAGCACCACUUGGGGCCCCAACACCACAGACGGCGGUGUGGACGGAGGGGCAGAGGGGUCUGCGGGGAAAGAGGCGGAGCCAGAGAACCCUCACUCACAGUUCUCUGCCUUUGUUCAACUGUGGGCGGGGCUACAGCCCAUCCUGUGUGGGAAUAACAGGAUCAUUGAGCCUGAAGCUCUAAAGCAAGGCAACAUGAGUUCACUUGGCUUCACCAGCAAAGAGCAGAGGAAUUUAGGGCUUCUCGUUCACCUCAUGACUACAAAUCCCAAGAUCCUCUACUCUCCCAUUGGCUCGCAGGUGGACAAGGUCAUCCAGAAGGCCAAUGAAACCUUUGCCUUUGUGGGAAAUGUGACCCAUUACGCAAAAGUGUGGUUAAACAUCUCUGCAGAGCUGAGGGCUUUCCUGGAGGAGGGAAAACUGCACAACCACCUGGCCUGGCUCCAACAGUUUGCCUCUGACCUGCGGAAGCACCCAGAGCUGCUGAACUCUUCAGACAGUGAGCUGGUGGACAGUCUGCUGCAGGAGAACUUCACUCUACCCAACAUCAGCACCCUGCUGGAGCAGCUGGACACCAUUGACAACGCCGCCUGUGGCUGGACGCAGUUCAUGUCGAAGGUCAGUGUGGAUAUUUUUAAAGGCUUCCCGGAUGAGGAGAGUAUAGUGAACUACACGCUGAACCAGGCCUACCACGACAACGUCUCCGUGUUCGCCAGCGUGAUCUUUCAGACUAAUAAGGACGGCUCCCUGCCCCCCCAUGUCCAGUAUAAGAUCAGGCAGAACUCCAGCUUCACUGAGAAAACCAACGAGAUCCGCCGAGCUUACUGGCGCCCGGGGCCCAACACCGGCGGCAAGUUCUACUUCCUCUACGGCUUCGUGUGGAUCCAGGAUAUGAUGGAGAGGGCCAUCAUUAACACAUUUGUCGGCCAUGAUGUGGUGGAGCCUGGGAAUUACGUCCAGAUGUUUCCGUACCCGUGCUACACCAGAGACGAUUUCCUGUUCGUGAUCGAGCACAUGAUGCCCCUGUGUAUGGUCAUCUCCUGGGUGUACUCAGUGGCCAUGAUGAUCCAGCACAUAGUGGCUGAGAAGGAGCAUCGGCUCAAAGAGGUGAUGAAGAUGAUGGGUCUGAACAAUGCGGUGCACUGGGUGGCCUGGUUCAUCACUGGCUUUGUGCAGCUCUCCAUCUCAGUGACCGCCCUGACCGCUAUACUGAAGUACGGCAAGGUUCUCCUCCACAGUGACCCCUUCAUCAUCUGGCUCUUCCUCACCAUCUAUGCCAUCGCCACCAUCAUGUUCUGUUUCCUGGUGUCCGUGAUCUACUCCAAAGCCAAGCUGGCCUCAGCGUGUGGCGGGAUUAUUUACUUCCUCAGCUACGUCCCCUACAUGUACGUGGCCAUCAGGGAGGAAGUGGCCCACGACAAGAUCACGGCCUUCGAGAAGUGCAUUGCGUCUCUCAUGUCCACCACCGCUUUUGGCCUGGGCUCAAAGUACUUCGCCUUGUACGAGGUGGCCGGAGUGGGCAUCCAGUGGCGCACCAUCAACCAGUCGCCUGUAGAGGGCGACGACUUCAACCUGCUGCUGUCCAUCGUCAUGCUGAUCAUCGACGCCACUGUGUACGGGGUGCUGACCUGGUAUAUAGAGGCUGUGCAUCCAGGGAUGUACGGGCUGCCCAGGCCGUGGUACUUCCCCUUGCAGAAAUCCUAUUGGCUGGGCAGCGGGCGCAUCGAGACGUGGGAGUGGCCGUGGGGGAGCAGUGCCAGGCUGAGCGUGAUGGAGGAGGACCAGGCAUGUGCCAUGGAGCACAGGCGCUCAGAGGAAACCCGUGGAAUAGAAGAGGAGCCCAGUCACCUGCCGCUGGUGGUCUGCAUAGACAAACUUACUAAAGUCUACAAGACUGGCAGGAAACUGGCUCUGAACAAGCUGAGCUUAAACCUGCACGAGAACCAGGUCGUCUCCUUCCUCGGGCACAACGGCGCCGGCAAGACCACCACCAUGUCCAUCCUCACCGGACUGUUCCCCCCCACCUCUGGCUCGGCCACCAUCUACGGCCACGACAUCCGCACAGAGAUGGAGCGCAUCCGGCAGAACCUGGGCAUGUGCCCCCAGCACAACGUGCUGUUCGACAAGCUGAGCGUAGAGGAGCACCUGUGGUUCUACUCGCGACUGAAGGGAAUGGCUGAGGAGGACAUCCGCAAAGAGAUGGACAAGAUGAUUGAGGAUCUGGAGCUGUCGAAUAAGCGCCACAGUCUGGUGCAGACGCUCUCCGGAGGCAUGAAGAGGAAACUCUCAGUGGCCAUCGCGUUCGUGGGUGGUUCUCGGGCGGUCAUUCUGGACGAACCCACUGCUGGAGUGGACCCGUAUGCCCGUCGGGCCAUCUGGGACCUCAUCCUCAAAUACAAGCAGGGCCGCACCAUCCUCCUCUCCACCCACCACAUGGACGAGGCUGACCUGCUGGGUGACCGCAUCGCCAUCAUCUCUCACGGAAAGCUGAAGUGCUGCGGUUCUCCUCUCUUCCUCAAGAGCACCUAUGGAGACGGAUACAAGCUCACACUCGUCAAGAAGCAGAGCGACUCCAACGCUGCAGAUCAGUCGAGUGUGGCCCCGUCCUCCUCGAUGUCUCCGUGCUCAGAGAGCAGAGUCACUCAGUUUAUCCGACAGUACGUGGCCUCCUGCCUGCUGGUGUCCGACUCCAACACUGAGCUGUCCUACGUCCUGCCGUCUGAGGCUGUCAAAAAGGGCUGCUUCGAGAGACUGUUUCAGGCACUGGAGCAAAGUCUGGAGAGCCUGGCCCUCACCAGCUUUGGGGUGAUGGACACUACACUGGAGGAGGUUUUCCUCAAAGUGUCAGAAGAAGAUCUGUCUAUGGAGAACAGCGACGCAGAUAUGAAGGACUCUCCUGGAGGCUCCUCUGCAGGAAAGCCCUCCUCUCUUGCGGGGCCGCAGGCUGAUGGAGCUGUGGUUGGUGCAGCGACACGCCCAGAGGUGGAGUUGAGUAAUCUGGUGAUGUGCUCCAGACUGAGUCCCAGUCAGGCCUCUCUGCGCUCCGACUCCUCUCUGGGAUCAGUGCGGGGCGAUGAGGGUGGUCCAUAUUCCGACUUUUAUGGAGAAUACUGCCCCCUGUUCAAUAACAACCAGGACCCGGACUCUGCCAGCCUCAGAGAUGAGACAUCCUGCUCUCCAGAGCCAGUUGUGCUGGAGGGUCAGGGCAGCUUUAAACUGGAGGGCUGGUGGCUGAAGCUGCGGCAGUUCCACGGCCUCAUCGUCAAGAGGUUCCACUGCGCCAAGAGGAACACCAAAGGCCUCUUCUCUCAGAUCCUGCUGCCUGCCUUCUUUGUUUGUGUGGCCAUGACUGUUGCUCUGUCCGUGCCUGAGAUAGGAGACCUGCCCCCCCUCAUUCUUUCACCCUCCCAGUAUCAUAACUACACCCAGCCCAGAGGAAACUUCAUCCCCUAUGCCAACGAGGACCGGCUGCAGUACAGGAGUAAGCUGUCGCCGGACGCCAACCCCCAGAAGAUAGUCAACACCCUACGGUUGCCCUCAGGCGUUGGCGCCACCUGCGUACUGAAAACGCCCUUCAACAGCACCCUGGACCAGCUGGCCCAGACCCUCAACCCCUACGCCAACAACUCCAAAACACUGGCUGCCCGCUACUUCGACUCCAUGUGCCUGGACUCCUUCACCCAGGGCGUCCCCCUGUCCAACUUCGUUCCGCCUCCUCCAUCCCCUGCACCGUCUGAUGACCCGGAGCACUUUGAGGAUGGCCUCUGGAACUAUACGGCCACCCCGCCUACCACUGUACACGAGAUGGUGACGUCGCCUCCUCCGCUGCCCCUGUCUAUCCACGAGCCUGUGCGCUGUAUCUGCUCCAUGCAGGGCACAGGCUUCUCCUGCCCCAGUGGCGUCGGGGGGCGACCACCCCUCAUGAAGGUGGUCACUGGGGACAUCCUAGUGGACAUCACCGGUCGCAAUGUGUCCGAGUACCUCCUGUACACCUCGGACCGUCUGAGACUGCACAGGUAUGGCGGCCUCACUGUUGGAAACAUCCAGAAGUCAGUCCCAGCAUCCUUCGGGAGGAAGACGCCACCUAUGGUGCGCAAAAUAGCAGUGCGUCGUUCGGCCCAGGUGUUGUACAAUAAUAAAGGCUACCACAGCAUGCCCACCUAUCUCAACGUGCUCAACAAUGCCAUCCUGCGGGCCAACAUGCCCCUCAGCAAAGGCAACCCUGCAGCUUAUGGCAUUACAGUGACUAAUCACCCCAUGAACAGAACCAGUGCCAGCCUUUCUCUGGACUAUCUGCUCCAGGGCACCGAUGUAGUCAUCGCGAUCUUCAUCAUCGUGGCCAUGUCUUUUGUUCCUGCCAGCUUUGUGGUCUUUCUGGUGGCUGAGAAAUCUACCAAGGCCAAGCACCUGCAGUUUGUCAGCGGAUGUGACCCAGUUAUCUACUGGCUGGCGAACUACAUAUGGGACAUGCUGAAUUACCUGGUUCCGGCCACAUGCUGCAUUCUCAUUCUGUUCGUGUUUGACCUUCCUGCGUACACGUCCCCCAAAAACUUCCCGGCGGUGCUGUCUCUCUUCCUGCUCUACGGCUGGUCUAUAACCCCCAUCAUGUAUCCGGCCUCGUUCUGGUUCGAGGUUCCCAGCACUGCCUACGUUUUCCUCAUCGUCAUAAACCUCUUCAUCGGAAUCACCGCCACCGUGGCCACUUUCCUCCUGCAGCUGUUUGAACAUGACAAGGAUCUGAAGCUGGUGAACAGUUAUCUAAAGUCUUGUUUCCUCAUCUUCCCUAAUUAUAACCUGGGUCACGGGCUGAUGGAGAUGGCCUACAACGAAUACAUUAAUGAGUACUACGCUAAGAUAGGUCAGUUUGAUAAGGUGAAGUCUCCGUUUGAGUGGGACAUUGUGACGCGAGGACUGGUGGCAAUGACCAUAGAGGGUUUUGUGGGCUUUCUCAUCACUAUCCUGUGCCAGUAUAACUUCCUCCGAAAACCCCAGAGAAUGCCUGUGAACAGUCAGCCGAUUGAGGACGAUGACGUGGAUGUGUCACGUGAACGAAGACGAGUGCUUAGAGGAGAUGCUGAAAACGACAUGCUGAAGAUUGAGAACCUCACUAAGGUAUAUAAGUCUCGUAAGAUGGGCCGUAUCCUGGCAGUGGACCGCCUCUGUCUGGGGGUCCGCCCUGGGGAGUGUUUCGGGCUGCUGGGCGUCAACGGUGCAGGAAAGACCACCACCUUCAAAAUGCUGACUGGAGACGAAAGCACCACAGGAGGAGAGGCCUUUAUUGGAGGACACAGUAUACUGAAGGAGCUGUUGCGGGUGCAGCAGAGCAUUGGCUACUGUCCUCAGUUUGAUGCUCUUUUUGAAGACCUGACAGCGCGAGAGCACCUGGAGCUGUACACUCGCCUCCGGGGUAUUCCCUGGAAGGAUGAGGAGCGGGUGGUGCAGUGGGCUCUGGAGAAGCUGGAGUUGUCUAAGUACGCUGAUAAGCCGGCUGGCACUUACAGCGGGGGCAACAAGCGGAAGCUCUCUACGGCCAUCGCUCUGAUCGGAUACCCAUCUCUAAUCUUCCUGGACGAGCCCACCACUGGCAUGGACCCCAAAGCCCGCCGCUUCCUGUGGAACCUCAUUCUAGACAUCAUUAAGACGGGUAGAUCGGUGGUGCUGACAUCACACAGUAUGGAGGAGUGUGAGGCACUCUGCACCAGGCUGGGGAUCAUGGUUAACGGCAGGUUUAAGUGUCUGGGCAGUAUCCAGCAUCUAAAGAACAGGUUUGGGGACGGUUACAUGAUCACAGUACGCACUAAGACCACAGCUAGUGUGAAGGAAGUGAUCCGGUUCUUCAACAGGAACUUCCCAGAGGCCAUUUUGAAGGAGAGACACCACACUAAGAUUCAGUACCAGCUGAAGUCGGAGCGCAUUUCUCUGGCUCAGGUGUUCAGUAAGAUGGAGCAGGUGGUGGAGGUGCUGAGCAUUGAGGAUUACUCAGUCAGCCAAACUACUCUUGAUAACGUUUUUGUGAACUUUGCCAAAAAGCAAAGCGAUAACUUGGAGCAGCAGGAGAGUUCGCCCUCUAAUGGUGGCCAGUCACCACUGCAGCGUUUUUUGAGCAUCCUCAGGCCACGUCCAGCUAAUACAGAGCUGAGUGCUCUGGUUAGUGAGGAGCCGGAGGAGCUGGAGAGUGAUGAUGAUGAAGGACUUAUCAGCUUUGAGGAGGAGAGGGUGCAGUUGUCCUUUAACACAGAUACUCUCUGCUGAAGCAGCGACAAGUGCGACAAAGAGAAAAAAAGAGACAAACUAAGCCUCAAGUAAAGAUUCCAGCCUGAUCAGUGAGAGAUAUUCCUGAGCUACAUCCUUUGCGAAAUAGGUCCACCAACCUGGCCUUCCGAAGAGAUGCUCAUAUUUUCUAGUUUUGCACUGCAACAGCGGACCCAGCACAGAGCCCUGCUGAACACUGCUGGUACAGAGGUGUGUUUGGUACAGUGGAAGGCACGGAUGGACAGUGCCUGUAAAAAUCUGGCACGCUCAAAGAUUCUGAGAAAACCGUGAAUGUGCGGCCUGUGUGCUGCUAUGAAGAACGCUUGCAUUUGGAGAUGAACUUUUGAAUCAUGUUCUUAUUUCAGAUUAAAGCCUGCUGGAUGGGAUUAAAAGAGGAUGUAUUUGUUGAAUGAAGAGAAAUGGUCAGAUUUGGCAUUUUUAUUUUUGACACUGAAGAAAAGGGACCUUGGAAAAGAUCCUGGAGAUAAUUACGUUAUAUUGUUUAUGCUGUUCUGAACUAGCGCUUUACAGCUGUUGAUGUCAUGAGAUAACAUAUCCCCAAUAAGGUAUGACCAUUUUUUGGGUUCGGCCUUUCUAUCAUAUGUUAUUUUUAUGACUGGUUCUUAUGCGUUUGUCGUUUCUCAGUUGGAACACUGAUGUAACUACGUGUUUUUUUGUAAAGUUGGACCUAAUCUUCGUUAAUACGUCGAACCUGCCUUGAGAGCAUGCUAUAGAGUCAAGCCUGUGGUAUGUCCUAUAUUUUUUGUCUGUAGGUGGAAGAAUGAUUUAUUUUCCCUACUGAAAUGUUUUUUGAAGAUAUAUAAAUAUAUAUGUGUGUGUGUGUGAUCCUUUUGAAUCGAUAAAAGAAUGCUGGCUGGCGUACAAAUGCACCUUUGCGAGAGCCGAGUGAGCUUAGAUACGAGACACUGACUUGAGAAGAUUACGAUAAUAUGGCCUUUAGUCGUCAAAUUGGUCAGAAGCUGCCCUGACACUGAGGACACCGUGGUUUCACGUUGUGAAUGUUAAUGGCAUGAAAAUAUAAAUAAUAUAUAAUAAUACAUAUUUUGCACAGAUCAGUGCCUCCUGAACCUUGUUUUGUUGUCGUCUUAAAAGAGUACUUUGCGAGAAUUGGUAUCUUUUGCUCUUUGAGCUCUUCCCUAAAGUUGGGGAGUGUAAUUCACUUUUACACCACUGCCGUAAAAACAAAUUGCAAUAUGAGCACCCCCUAAUGGACAGUUGUACACAUGCAUUUUUUGACAAGCUGAGAGAUAUGUGCGAAAAAGGGUGUGGACUGAUACGGUACAGUAAUGUUACAAGAUUACCCAGCAUUAUAAGUUUUCAUGAGUUUUAUUUAUGGUCCUGUUCACACUCUACCAAAGUUUCAUAGUGCAGUAGCAGCGCCCUGGUCCGAAAGGCAAAGACAUGAUUCUACAGAGAGUUGCGACACAACAGAUCGUUAGAGCACUUUCUAUACGGACUACUUUAGGUUGGACCUUUGGUUUUUCAGACUGUGUAAUUUUGGGCUGCAUUAACUUGUGUUAUCCUCACUUUAGGCAACGUUUUUUGGUUUUGUUCAUUUCUUUGAAGAAAAAAAUGUAUACAGCGAACAGCAUCAGCCCGAUGCUAACUCCUGUGCGAGAUGUCAAUGUACAGUAAAUGUUUCGACCUAACUGUUUCGCCAUCACUGUGAAGCCAAAGGUGGAUUUUUUAUUCACUGUUAUUACAAAAACAUAGAUUUCAGGACAUUAUCAGGAGCUUACAGGUUUUCUUUCUUGUGUUUUGUUUUGGGAGCCCGUAUGGGAUGUGUUUGUGCUUAUUUUAUUGUAAUUAAUUUUUCCUGUAAUUACAUUUACUGUAAUAUGUCCUAAAAAGUAAAAAGUAAAAAAAAGAAACAUCCCUCUGAUGGUUUUUGAACUACUUUGAAUUGUUGUCAAGGAUUGUAUUUGCUGUAAGUUCUACCUGAUCUGUGCUAUUGCGUAUUGACAGUCUUCAACUCUGUCCGUUCAGUGUGUGGCUCAUGCAGUGCUUUAGAUUCUAGCUAAUAAUGAUGGUUUGUGAUCUUCAUGUGAAAGACGGAGCGAUCCGCAUAGUUUACAAAUGGAAUGUUGCUUAAUUUGUGAGCAUUUGGAAAGGGAUCCAGCUGUGGCUCUGCUAGACUAAGCCCUUAGUUGACUGGAGGGGAACCGAGGCCUUUUAAAUUUAAUCUCCAACCAUAAAACGUUGCAGACAAGAUGUAGAACUAGAACUACUCAAUGUAGUUUUGCUCUUAAAAAUGAACAAUAUAGCAUACAUACAUUUUUGUGGCCCAUAAUGUUUCAAUGUAGAAAAAUAAUUUUCCCUUAUUAGCCCAUAAUAUAAUAAACAAAAUAGGUUACAUAUAUAUUUAAAAGAUGUUACAUGGUCUAAAUAAACAAAGGUAUGAUCCUGAUUGAAAUAUGUAAAAAAGAAAUUCUGGCAAACAGUUUUGCAUUUAGUUAGCUAGCUAGUUAAUUGUAGCUGCUGUAGUUGGUUUUAUGGUCCGUAAUUAGCUGUAAUUAGCUAACUGCAACCACAAAACCAACUUAUACAAUAGAUACAAUUAGCUUGCUAACUAGCUAAUUACAGCCACAAAACCCACUAAUACAGCAGCUUCAAUUAGCUUGCUAACUAGCUAAUUACAGCCACAAAACCCACUAAUACAGCAGCUUCAAUUAGCUUGCUAACUAGCUAAUUACAGCCACAAAACCCACUAAUACAGCAGCUUCAAUUAGCUUGCUAACUAGCUAAUUACAGCCACAAAACCCACUAAUACAGCAGAUACAGUUAAUUAGCUUUAAAGCUAAUAACAGCCACAAAACCCACUAAUACAGCAGCUACAAUUAGCUUGCUAACUAGCUAAUUACAGCCACAAAACCCACUAAUACAGCAGCUACGGUUAAUUAGCUUUAAAGCUAAUAACAGCCACAAAACCCACUAAUACAGCAGCUACGGUUAAUUAGCUUUAAAGCUAAUUACAGCCACAAAACCCACUAAUACAGCAGAUACAGUUAAUUAGCUUUAAAGCUAAUAACAGCCACAAAACCCACUAAUACAGCAGCUACAAUUAGCUUGCUAACUAGCUAAUUACAGCCACAAAACCCACUAAUACAGUAGCUACAUUUAACUAGAUUUAUAGCUAACUACAGCCACAAAACCCAAUAAUACAGUAGCUACAAUUAAUUAGCUUUAAAGCUAAUUACAGCCAUAAAACCCACUAACACAGCAGCUACAGCUGACUAGCUUUAAAGCCAAUUACAACCACAAAACCCACUAAUACAGCAGCUACAGUUAAAUAGCAAGCAAGCUACUUGUGGUUAGCUAGUGGCUAACGGCCAUACAGCCGUAAUUAGCUAGGCUAGCUAGCGUUAGCUAACUGCUGUAUCUGUGCUGGUUGAUUUGCAGCCGUAAUAGCUGGGCUAGCUAGCGUUAGCUAACUAGCUUGCUAACUGUGGCAACUGUAUUUGGUGCAGUUUGUUAAGGUGCUUAUCUAACUGUAGCAGCUGUGCUAGCGGGUUAGCUAGGCUAGCUAUCGUUAGCUAACUGUAGCUGCUGUGUUAUUCGGUUUUGUGGCUGUAAUUAGACAGGCUAGCAUGCUAGCUAACUUUAGCACCUGUAUUUGUUGGUUUUGUGGCUGUAAUUAGCUAGCUAGCUAACUGUUGCUGCUGUGUUAGUUGGUUAGAUGGCUAGGCUAGCUAUUGUUGGCUAGCCUUAGCUCCUAAACUUGUAUGUUUUGUAGCUGUAAUUAAUUAGCUACAUAGCUAACUGUUGAAGCUGUAUUUAUUGUUUUUAGGGCUGUAAUUUAAUUCUCAUUAUCUGAAGCUGCAGCUGGAUCCUUAAAAUAAUUUAAUGAAGACAGAAUCAGCUGAAAAUGUAUGACGGUGGCCCGGAGCAACUCUGUGUUUUAUUAUAUUUUGUUCGUGUGAAAUGACCAAAGGGAAAAUCAAGCAUAUUUUUAGAUGUAUGAACGAAAUGACUUAAGCGCUCCUUCACUUCUCAGAAUAUUUUAUUGUAAAUAAGAGUCGUCUAAAUCCAUCGAUUAAUCAUCCUUCAGUAAUACAAUGUACGGGAGGUGCUGCAACUAAUGCGUGUUGAUAUUAGGGUCAAGGACACCAGCAAACUCUGAGCUUGAUUCCAUAUCAGAGAAAAGUGCAAUGAUAUGAUUUAGCUAAAGAUGGUGUUGGUUUAAAGAAGGGGAGGUUUCAUUUUUUAAUAAAAAUGUGUGAGUAAGUGCUUCAGAACAUCCCUCAUUUAAGUACUUAGAUAUGAAUAUAGUUAUCUGUUUAUUUUUUCAUGCAUUGGAACUUGAUUUAAGUCUUUAUUCAGACGAAUCCCCUUGUAACAGACUGACUUGAAUUUUGAGCUUGUUUCUGAUUAUUAUGUUUCCAUACUCUUGUGAUGAGGUGUUCAGGUGUUUUUAAUAUGAACUGGAAAGAAAAUAAAAUAAAAUUGUUGAA